CAACUACUUCCCCAACCCUGCUUCCUGCGUCAAAGGUCAAGGAACUGCAUCAAAACAGACGUGACGUUGCACGAAAAAUGCCAAUAGGUUAAAGAGCAAUGGAACUAUGAAGAGGGUGGAAACUUUGUUACAAAAGCUGUGGCUUAGAAAGCCAGGAACAUAUUACUGUAACAUUUCCUUUUACAAUGACAAUGAAUUAUUAGAUGCAACAGUUGAGGGGCAUUGCCCUUUUAACGUAAAGAAAAAUGGCAUUCUUUGGGACAUUGGACCCAUAUCUGGAUCGAAUUCGGAUGGGGACAUUCACACCUUUCCAAGUUUGAAAUUUGCUUGCCUUUUGUCAGAAUCUAACAUUCUAAAACCAACUGUCAUUCGCUUAAAUUUAUACCAAGAAUUGCCUGUCAGCUUCCCUUCUACAUCACAAAAUGCUGAAAACAAAACACAUUUACUUUUACAAGCAAGUGGUGUUUUACAGUUGAUACUGCCUGGAAAAGUUUUAAACUCAAAACACCAAGACUUGAAGCAUGGAAAAGAGCACACACAAAGGCUGAUGAUAAACAGCAAUAUAAGUUCUGGUGGAAUAAAAUUUCACUUAGGAUCACUCACUCUAACAUCUGUAAUCCAUGAAAAAUAUGACGAGGACACUUUUUCAACAGCAAAAUCUGUUGAGAUGUCACUACCUGUGAAGUCUGUUUCACCAAUAUUUGAGGAAACUGACCAGCCAGUGACCCAAGCCAGGCAAUCUCCAGCAAAAGUUUGGUCACAGUAUGAUGUUACCAGAUCUUCAACUCUUCCAAAUCUUAUGUUUGAGGCAAGAGAAAGUCUUCCUGCUCUUGAUGCUGUUAAGCAGAUUUUACCCAUGUAUUAUCAACUGGUCAAGUCUCCUCCAGAUCGAUGUGAAUCUGUCAAACCUUAUUUGCAAAUUGAUGAACCAGUUGAAGAACUAGUCGAUGGUAUUUCUGGUGCAAACCCUGAAAAGAGGAGUCGUGGUUUAAAUGAUGGCAAAAGCUCGUUCCAUUUGAAUGCUGAAAAAAUGAAUGCGGAUAAUGAGGCCAAGAGCGUGCUUGAUAAACAUGUCAUCACUGUUUUAGAUUAUCAGACCAAGGAACUCGAUAGAUACAGACAGGCAAUCCGACAAAUGGGUGAAUUGAUCGUCGACUUGAGAAGCAAAAUUUCCACUCUGGAGAUGAAAAAUAGCCAACUACGAGCGAAUGUAUAUUAUACCGGCAGAUCUUCAAGCGCUUCUGUCGAUGCCCAUGAUGAGAAUUCAUAUACAGGCUCUAUAAAGAGGGACUUCAUGGCUACAGUCGAGGAAGUGGAAGAACAAAAGAUUGCAAUACUUAAACUACAGAAUGAAUUAAUCAAGAAAAAUGAAUAUGAGAAAAAAUACCUAAAGCUACUGAAGGCUCAUCAAUCCCAGCAAGCAAUGCUUCACGAUUAUCAGGGGAAAAUGUCAAAGUAUAGCCUUCUUGAGAAAACCUGCAAGCAACAAGAAAAGAUAAUUCGAGAGCUAGAAUCAAAUGGUACCAGAAGCAAAUCAAAAAAGAUUUCACUUUCUGAUAACACAGCAGAAAGGUCGAAGACUGUUUCGUUCCAAGAAGAUCCUUCGUUUUCUAAGAAAUCUACUCAACUCGUGCCGUUGCAGAACCAAGUCAUACAACCUGCGUCAUUGCAACUAGUGCCCAAUCCACUGCCUAGCAAGAAAUUUUAUCACGACCAAUUCUAUGAUGUUGAAGAGAGAAUGACACUGUUGCAAAAAUUGGAAAAGGCAGAAGGCCGCAUAAUGGCCUUAGAGAGUCAGAUCAUGGACAAUACAAGGCUGUGGGCCAGAGAAAAGUCUCAGAACAAGUUCAGAAUAGGGAAUGGUAUUCCUGAUUUUUCUGGUUUCGAAAGGCGGUUUCCAGCUCCUCUUACAUAUCCUAACGACCAGAUUGUUUUCGAAGAUGGUUUUUAUGGAAAACCAAACCAGCAGCUGAGGGGACAGGACGCUUUCACGAGGUUUCACCACUUAUAAAGCCAUGCAAUUUCUUAUAACUUAUUUAUUUAUAAAUAACUUCCAUAAUUAAUUAGAAUGCAAUAAAAUCCUACACUGAAAUUUAUAACUCAAUUGUUUUAGAAUUAGAGUAGUUUAGGUAAAGUUUUAGGCCAAAAACCUGUUAAUAAUGCGAUGUGUACUAACGUGUACAAAACUUAUUUAUCAAUGUACAAACUAGUUUAAUGACAAUAUUAAUAGAAGAGAA